AUGGAACAAUACUCAAGAGUGAACAAUAUUGAGAUAAGUGGUCUCCCUGCAACCAAAGACGAGAGUGGCGAUGAUUUGGUGAAGGAUGUGGGUGCAGCCAUCGGGGUCGAGGUCCUCGUCGGUGACAUCUCCGCCGCUCACCGAGUCCCGUCCUUCAGAAAAGACAGGGAUCCUGCGCUGGUCGUGCAGUUCGUCAACAGGACUAAGAAAGAAGAGUGGAUCACUAAGUACAGGAUGAAGAAACCAUCGUUGACAGCCCAGCAGGUGAAUCAGCGCUUCCCAAGUCAGCGAGUCUACAUAAACGACCAUCUGUCGCCCGAGAACAAGCAACUUUUGUCCAAAUUGAAGCAGAAGUGUCGCGAAAUCGGCUACACCUAUGCCUGGUGCAGGGACGCCAAGUAUUUUGCCAGGAAAGCUCCAGGAGACCCUGUUAAAGAAAUCAGCAACUUCGAGGACAUUGAUAAGCUCAAAUAA